UUGGAGAACACAAAACAAACUUCUAUAAAGAACAAAUCUCAACUACUUCUUAGACAAACCACUCAGGUAUUGCUACUACUGAAAACCCAACUGACACAGUUGAGGAAGGGCUUAGGACAAUGACAGGAAUAGGCUCUUCAUGUGGAGCAUGCAAGUUCCUGAGGAGAAAAUGCACCGCUGAAUGUGUAUUUGCUCCUUACUUCUGUUAUGACCAGGCUGCAGCCCACUUUGCAGCAGUGCACAAGGUAUUCGGUGCAAGUAAUGUUUCCAAGCUAUUAUUACACCUACCAGUACACAACCGCCGUGAUGCAGCAAACUCCAUUUCUUACGAAGCAAUAGCCCGAGUACGGGAUCCCAUAUAUGGUUGUGUUGGUGAUAUAUUUGCUCUCCAGCAACAGGUUGCUAGCUUACUAGAGGAGAUAGAAGUCAUUGGAAACCAAAUGGCUAAUCUCCCAGUUGGUGUUGCUAAUUGUGGAAGUUCCCCAGCAACUACUAACCUAUACAAUGGUUUACAAUUCUCUUCACAACAUGAUGUCAUGAGCCCAUUCUCCUCACAACAUGAUGUCUUAAGCACACAGUAUUAUCAAAAUCAACAAGCUCCACUACUUUUCCAUGCAGGAAGUACAGCUGCCAACCAAGGCUUUGACAGCCAGAUGGAUGUACAGCUCCCUCCUUUAUAUGGAUGGGAAAACCAAAAUUUAUUUGAUGACUCUGGCUUGAAUCCCUCAGGAAAACUCCUGGAGGGAAUAGAUGAAGAUAACUUCAAAUGUUAUCCAUGGUUGUACAACUGUACUAAUGCCAAAAAUUGAGUGGAUCCAAGCUAGGAAUUUUACUAGUAGCUUUUGUAAAGCCUGUGUUCUAUAAGGAGUAAAGGACUCCUUCCAGCUUCCAAUGGGAACAAGUUUUGUACUAGGCCUGCUUUUGCUAUUUAAGUACAUAGAUGACCUGGUUUUUGAGUUGUA